GUCCGGCAGCGGAAGUGAUGUGGGUUCAGGAGCAGGGGCGCUUCCGCUCAGUGCAGGAGGAUGGCUAGCGCUUUUGGACGCGUUUGUUGAUACACGUGAAUAUUAGACCUCUGUUUAAGCGACUGAGGUGAAGCAGACCGUCUGCAGUCAUGGGCCGGCGCUCCACCUCCUCCACCAAGAGUGGGAAGUUCAUGAAUCCCACCGAUCAGGCCAGGAAGGAGGCACGCAAGAGAGAGCUGAAGAAGAACAAGAAGCAGAGGAUGAUGGUCCGAGCAGCAGUGCUGAAGAUGAAGGACCCACGUCAGAUCAUCAAAGAUAUGGAGAAACUCGACGAGAUGGAGUUCAAUCCGGUGCAGCAGCCGCUGCUGAAUGAGAAAGUUCUGCGUGACAAACGGAAGAAGCUGCGUGAGACGUUCGAGCGAAUCGUCCGUCUGUACGAGCGAGAGAAUCCAGAGAUGUACAAAGAGCUGCGCAAGCUGGAGGUGGAGUACGAGACCAAGAGAGGACAGCUGUCGCUCUACUUCGACUCCGUCAAGAACGCUGAGUCCGUGGAGGUGGACAGUAUUCCUCUUCCAGACAUGCCUCACGCUCCAUCCAGCAUCCUCAUCCAGGACAUUCCCCUUCCUGGAGUUCAGCCGCCCUCCAUCCUGAAGAAGAGCUCCGCACUCGGGAAGGGCUCAGCGCUGUCAGCGGCCGCUCUAGCUGGAGUUCCUCGCCUGCCGCCGGGACGCAAGCCCCCGGGACCCCCGCCGGGGCCGCCUCCGCCGCAGGUCCUGCAGCUGUACGCUAACACUCGACGCACAGAGGGCGGCGGUUCAGACUCUGAGAUGAUGGACACCGGCGGGAGAGACAGCGACAGCGACGCAGACGACGACAGCGACUCGCAGGACGACAGCGGCGCAGAGAGAGACGACGCAGAUGCUGAUGCCAGAAUGACAUCAGAUCGCCAUGACGACAGAGACGAGGAUAAACACACAGGUCGCAGCGUGCGAUUCGCUGACAUGCCGCCGCCCAAAGAGAAGAGGACGAGGAGGGUGAUGAAGACGAAGAGCAUCACACCACUGCAGGCCAUGAUGCUCCGGAUGGCAGGUCAGUCUAUCCCGGAGGAUGAGGAGGAGGAGGAGGAGGAGGAGGAGGAUGAUGAUGAGGAGGAUGAAGAGGAGUACACAGACUCGGAGGAGUCGGAUGCUGAGGAUCAGGUCUCCACUGAAGCCACUCAGUCAUUGGUCAAUCCUAGACUUCCUGUUCUGUCUGCACCAAUGGCAGUGCAGCAGCCUCCUCCACACAUGCAGGCUCCACCAAUCACAGGGCCUCCUCCUUUAGGACCACCUCCUGCUCCCCCAAUGAGGCCGCCGGGACCACCGUCAGGCCCGCCCCCAGGACCGCCUCCCGGUGCUCCUCCUUUCCUGAGGCCCCCUGGACUCCCCGUGGCCCUCAGGGGCCCCAUACCACGCAUGCUGCCUCCGAGGCCCCCACCGGGACGCCCGCCAGGACCCCCGCCCGGACCCAUAUUUGCAGGAAUGCCCCCGCCCCCUCCGCCCCGCAUGGCUCCGCCCCUCUCUCUGUUCCCGCCUCCGCUCAAUCCCAAUGUGCUCAGCGCUCCGCCCAGCAUCCGGCAGAAGUCACACGUGGUGACGGGCUCCUCCAGCGACUCCGCCCCCAUGGCCCCACCUGCCCGAGGCUCCGCCCACCCGAUGCCGCCACCCCCCGGCACCACGGCCACCAUCGAGAAGCGGGCCGUGGUCUCGGGCCCCGGGACGUCCUUGGCCCCACCGGGCGGAGCCACCAUCUCGGCCAAGCCGCAGAUCAUCAACCCCAAGACGGAGGUGACACGCUUCGUGCCCACGGCGCUCCGCGUGCGCAGGGACCGGGCCCCGGGCCGCAGAGACGAGGAGCCGCCCAAACCAGCGGCCGUGGCCAAACCCAGUCAGCCGCCUGGCGCCGCGCCGCCCGGCCUCAAGACCAAGGACCAGAUGUACGAGGCCUUCAUGCGCGAGAUGGAGGGGCUGCUGUGAGCUUCUGCACAUUCACCAGAUUGUGGUUUAUCUUCAGAUGUGAAUAAAGGCCAGAUGUCAAACUCU